UGCACUGAUUUCUUAGAAAUUAUGAAAGAUUUCGAGUUAAAGCCACAUAUAUCUGAAGUUUGGCCUUUGAAAUGGAUAAUACCGUUGGUCAUCUGUGGCUACCUGACGGGCAUUGGACUCAUCCUGCUCUGGUACGAAUUGCAGCCGGCGCACAAAACACGAGAUCUGACGCAGCUGUCGCUGCUCUACGUCUGCCUGGGGCUGCUCUGCACUACGAUGCUCUUCUGUCGCGCCGUGCGCUGUGUAUUGACUCUCGCACUACCUUCUCUCGGCAGCAGCCGAGGACGCGCUCUGCUCAUCACUUUCGCCUUCUUCUUGGCUGCCCGCGGACCCAUCGCCAAUAUCCUGGCCAAUUUGAUGGUAUUGCUGCGCAGCUUGGCCUGCGCCCAGGAGCUGCUGCGCCAGGCCCUGGGCCACAUGAUGGAUGUCAUUGCGGAGCCGGUGCGCGCCGUGCACAUGGCCAUCGAGCUGUUGAUGGACGAGCUGCGCCGCGUGAUGCGACAGCUGAUGGAGCUGCUGCUGCGCAUUCAGAGCUAUCUCCUGCUCAUCAUUGACACCUUCAAGAGCUGCGCUGGCUGGCUCAAGGCUGUGCUGGAGCUCUGCAACUCGGAGCUGGGCACGCCCUGGGCCCGCUGCCAGAAGGCGGCAAGUCGAGCGAUGCUCAAGUGCCGCGCUCGACUUGGCGUCCUAAAGUCUCUCUGCUACGCCACGAAGCUCUUCCUGGCUCUUUGCUAUCCUGCCAAGCUGGUGGAUGUCUUUUGCGCUGGCGUCUGGGAUGGCAGCUGGGCGAUCGUGGACACCAUACUGGAGCGCUACUACGAGUUCGUCGCUCACCUGGAGCAAAUGUUCGAUGUGAGCAUCAGCUUCGAGCAUGACUUCUACUUCCACACGAAUGCAUCCAGGAACCUGUCGGAUGUGGGCGAAGAGAUCAUUCACGAUAUCAAAGUGCGCCUGCGUCCCCUUGUCCUAUUCGACAGCUGGCUGGAUUUGCUAUGCUGGAUCAUGGUGCUGUUCAUCUUUAUCAAAUCCAUCUAUUUCUACCUGCGCUACAUGCACAGCCUGAAGUAUCAAAAUAUGUAUCUGACUCGCUCGUUCUAUGCGAUCGAUGCCAAAUGCCGGCAGAAGGGCGAGCCCGCAGUGCUGCCGCUGCAGCGUCUGGAGCAUUUCAAGUACCUAAAGCUGAGCAGCCUUCGUCUGACAGCCAUUGAGUAUGUGUUGCUGGCGGAGAGUGCGAGUUUAAUGUGCAACACGUGCCUGCAGCUGGGCUGCAUUUGCCUGGUGGACUUCAGCGUCUUCUGGCUGCUGGACAUGAUCACGUACUACGGCGAGGAGCAGAAGGAUAUCGAAAUACCGCCCUUUCUCGAUGUGCAGGUGGAGGGCGGCGGCUUUGUGGGCGAUGUGAUGCGGGGCGUGGCCAAUGCCUUUCGGCCGAUGUCGCAGAAGACGCGAGUGGACUCCAAGAGCUGCCUGCCCGAGCCCGUAGAGCCCGCCUAUCGAUAUUACAUUGGCAUCCUAGUGCUGUGUCUGCUCGCCUGGUUCAUUCUAGUCGCGGAGCCCUAUUUACUGCGACUGCGCCAUGCGAUCAUGGAGCGCUACUACCCGGAGCGAGCGCAUGAGCGCGCGCUCUACCUGCACAGCAAGAUCCUUGCGAAGAGAGUCAGCUUCCUUAAGAUGAUGCGCCGCAAGAUAAGAGCAACGUUAAAGUAUCAAAAGGACGGCUGCUGCAACUGCUGCUGGGGUUGGAUUCGUACAAAAUUCUGCUGGUGCUGCCGUUGCCUCUGUCGCUCGGGUGGUCCGCGCAAGGAACGGUGCCUGCUGUGCGCCCAGCUGUUGAGCUCCUCGAACCGCAUACAGUGCGACACGCCCGAAUGCCCCGGCCUCUACUGCCAGCCCUGCUACAGCGAGUCCAAGCACCAAUGUUGCCUCUGCAAGCGGCCCAUGGACUAUGGCGACCACAGCGACAUCUCCGAGAUUCAUGACUCCUCCGAUGACCCCGGCACCGAAUCCUAUGGCCAAAUACGGAAACGGACUUACUGUGCCAAGUAUCGCAAGGAGGAGGGCAAGAAGAAACCAUGAAGCGAAGCGAAACGGAAGUUCAGGAGAUGCGCUGUUUAGGUAUUAUACUGAAGUCCUUGGCGUAAUACAGUCUGAGCUAAUAAAAUAUUUGUAGU